GCCGACACAGCCCACUGUUGUGAAUGCCCCUAUUGAGAGGCAAUGUGAGCCACUGCCUGCGGCCGUUGGGUCUGACGGCAGCGAUGAAGCGUCAAAUGGGAUGACGGGCAAAAUAUAAUUAUCGGCAGAAAGUGAUUGAAAGUGGUAAACAUCAUUUUGGUUUUGCAUUGGAAGUUUUCUUUUUGAUUUGUAAUUAACACUAAACUAAGGUAAACUAUUUGUAUUUCUUAAUCUAGAUUAAAACUUAGAUCUAUAUUGUGAACUAUCUACAGGUUGAAAAUUGAAACAUUAGAACACUGUUGUGAGUUAGACGGAACGGUAGUACGGAGACUGAAAUCUUUAAGCUGAUCUCACCGAAUUCCUCGGGACUGAUUACUGCUGAAAGAACUCCUGCUAAGUCUAUCGCAACAUUUCUUAAAGAUUUCAUCCGGAUCGAUAUGGAUCUUCAGGACAACGUUCGACAGACCCGGUCACGGACGAGGGCUAUACAGCAGGAGAAUGCGAACGUAGCACCGACCGAUAGCGAUAAGGUGUCGAUUUCGUCGUCGAAUGAUUCGUCUAUCCCUACCAUUGGAAAUGGUGACGGAGGUGAGUUGCGCGAAUGCGGCGGUUGUGAAUUACCCAACAACGCUGAGCGGUAUAUGGUACGGUGUCAGAAUUGUAAUUUCUGGUACCAUUUUUCUUGCGCGAAUGUUGACACGACCACUGUGCGUUCAACCACUUUCGUAUGUGCGAAAUGCACUUCUGGGGGGGCUUCAAAUGCACUCGAACCAACCCCAAGUGUAAUUAGUGCGAUUAGUGGUUUGUCAAGUUCGUCGAGUGCACGUAGGGCAAGAGUGGAACGCGAAUUGCAGCGACUAGAAGAAGAGAAGAAGCUUUUGGAAGAUCUGAGUCGCGAGAAGGCCGAGAAGGAACGGGCGCUAUACGAGCGAGAGCUGCAGGAAAAGCUGGAACGAGAAAGGCAGUACAUCGCGCGGAGGCAUGAAUUGCUGAACCAGCAGGACGGCGACGAAGAUAGAAGUGUGCGUAGUAUGCGGAGCAGCCAGAGGAGUGAGAAACGCACUGAAGAAUGGGUGAAGCAGGCCAAGGUAACCGAGAGUUCCGGUGUGGUGGUCGUUGUACAGACACCAAAACCGACGUCUGCGAUUGCUGAUCAUCAGGGUGGUGCAAGUUCUGGUCGUCCGCAGGUGGUACAUCCUUCGUCAACGCCCUUGAAGUCUACGGCAGCAGUAGUUCCCCCCGUUAUCGGCGACAACAGAGUAGGAGUGGGAUUUGAGGUGAAAUCGAUCCCGCGAACUCUGGGAAGCAUCACUAUCGGAGACGAGGACGAGGAAUCUCUCGAAGGUGCAGUCGGAGCAGACGAAGACGAACGCGACGAAUUACCACUCGUGAAUCUUCAGCCAUAUGAGGAUCUGUUGAAGGUUGAAGAAGUGAUGCCAGUCGGCGCGAACACUGGCGCAAUUCCGAAGAUUAACCGUUUCGGUACUCAUUACAAGCGCUGGAGUGUUGAAACCGGGGAGCUACGGAAACAAAAUGCACUACAGUUGCAGCGACAGUCGGAAGCGGAACGUCGGGCCAUUCAGGACCUGCAGGAGAAGCACCGAGUGGAUAUCGACACCAGGCGUAGGAGGGAAGUCGAUCUCGUGAAUCGAAUAACGAGCCUGCAACUGCAGCACGACGCUGAGCUGAAACUGGUUCGUGAAUCGGAGGCGAAUUUACGAAAGCUGCAGGAUCGUGAACGGGCAGAUCUGAAUUCCAGGAUUGGGACCCUGGAAAAGCAACUCAUCGAGGAGAAAGAACGGAUGCGCACUUCGGAAGUAGAUUUGCGCAAUCAACUCGAGCAGCGGGAGCGUGAAUGCGAAGCACUUCGACUUCAAGUAGCAGAACUGGAGAGCGAGCUACAGUGUAUUCGUGAAAUGGAGCAACAGUUGCAGUCUCAAAUUGCAGCGAGUCGCCAGCGUGAACACGAUGCCAUUCGCGUACGGAAUGAAGCGGAGAAGCAGUACUGGGACCUGCACGAGGAGGUUCAACAGAUCAUCAAUCGAAGCGAGGAUCAUUCUGCUGACGGUGCUUGUUCUCCUCCGUUACCUCCACCUCCGGCGUCGUGGUUUGAACCCGUGAACGCGCCUAACACUGCCAGCGUCAACCACUGCGAUGUAAAUCCUCCGUUUCUUCUUCCUCCGCCCCCUCCAAGUCUUUCUACUGUGAACACGUUGGCUGCCGUGCCAAAUAUCCAGCCCCAGCUGCUUUCUCAAGCUGUAGUUCCGGCUUAUGUGGGCGCUCUGCUCGGGCCGUCGCCCCAGCAACUCGCGGCAAGACAGGUGGUCACGAAGGAACUUCCAAUUUUUUCUGGGGAUCCGAUAGACUGGCCACUGUUCAUAAGCAGCUAUCAGCACUCGACGGAGACUUGCGGAUACACGAACUCCGAAAACCUGUUGCGCCUGCAGCGUAGUCUACGAGGAAACGCGAAGGAAUCCGUCAGCAGUUUUCUGCUCCACCCGUCAACUGUGCCGCAAAUCUUGUCCACUUUGCAGCAGUUGUACGGGCGACCAGAGCAAAUCGUCAAUAACAUGAUCGCGAAGGUUCGGGCGACACCCCCUCCGAAGCCCGAUCGGUUUGAGACACUGGUUAGCUUUGCUCUGGUGGUUCAAAACCUUUGCGGGCAUCUGAAGGCAGUAGGGCUAGAGAAACAUUUAGCAAACCCCAUUCUUCUCCAGGAAUUGGUCGACAAACUACCAGCGACGGUCAAGUUUAGCUGGGCGCUCUACCAAGAACAAGUUCCGGUUGUAGAUUUGAGCGUAUUCAGCGACUACAUGGGGAAGGUAUCUUCCGCUGCAAGUGGUGUGACACAGCUGUCUAACCUUCCGCAGAGAGCGGUAAAAGAAGAGCGGACUCGCCCGAAGGAAAGAUCGUUCGUGAACGCACACUUAUCCACGGACGCGCCGAAGGAGAAUCGUCGAGAGCAGGCUGGUAAAACCGUCGCGAACAGUGGAAGAAGUGGGGAUACGAACAGCAGAAAAACUUGCCCAGUCUGCAACACUGACGGCCACGAAAUAGAGAGUUGCAGUUCGUUCAAAGGCUUGGAUUUGGACGGCAGAUGGAAGGCAGUGAAAGUGAACAAGCUCUGCUCACGGUGUCUUACAUCACACGCGCGGUGGCCGUGCAAAGGAGAGGUCUGCGGAAUCAAUGAUUGCCCGAAGCGGCACCACCGUUUGCUUCAUUUCGAGCCACCAGCGGCGGCCAAAACUACUAACGCCGUGGUUACAGUACAUAGUCAGCUGUCUUCUACCACGCUCUUUCGCAUCCUUCCGGUCACUCUGUUCGGGCGUAAAGGACAAGUCGAUACCUACGCAUUCCUCGACGACGGAUCGUCCGUGACGCUCGUAGAGCGAUCUAUCGCUGAUGCGCUUGGAGUUAGCGGCGAGCUAGAGACGCUGCACAUCGAGUGGACGGGCGGAAUCAACAAAACUAUCGAUGGGUCAGAACGAGUCACGCUGGAGAUAUCCGAGUCCGGAGGGAGCAAACGCUACAAGCUGUCGGAAGUGUACACGGUGAAGAACCUCGGAUUACCGCAGCAGACAACAGACUAUGAAGAACUGUCUUCGCGAUUCGCUCACCUCGGCAAGCUCCCGGUGAAGAGUUUCAAGCGCGCUGUACCUGGAAUUCUUAUCGGACAGAGCAAUUCGCACCUAUUGGCUACGUUGAAGCUGCGAGAAGGCAAAAUCAACGACCCGAUUGCUACAAAAACCAGGAUUGGAUGGGCCGUAUGUGGGAGUCUGCGGAAGCCCCAAGUGGGAACGAUGCACAGGCAGCUUAGCAUGUUCGCCGAACCGACUACCGAAGAUCUUCACGAGUACGUUCGCCGAUUUUUUGAUAUCGAGAGCUUGGGGGUGGCCGUCGUGCCGGCGGUGAAAGGAGCAGAGGAGCAACGUGCGUGCGAAAUUUUGGAGGCGACCACACGACGGUCGAACGGCGAAAAGUACGAGACGGGUCUGCUUUGGAAACACGAUUACGUGGAGUUUCCGAAUAGCCGACCGAUGGCAGAAAGACGAUUUAGACUUCUCGAGAAGCGUUUAGCCAGGAACCCGGAGCUGUAUGAUGCCGUCCGUCGGCAAAUAGCCGACUUCAAAGCGAAAGGAUAUAUACACGAAGCAUCAGUAGAGGAACUGGAAGGAUUCGAUCUGCGACGGACCUGGUACUUGCCGAUUGGAGUCGUCGUCAACGAGAAAAAACCUGGAAAAGUUCGUAUCAUCUGGGAUGCCGCAGCGAAGGUCGAGGGCAUAUCGUUGAACUCCAUGCUACUCACGGGUCCGGAUCUUCUGACACCACUCCUGUCAGUGAUGUUUCCGUAUCGAGAACGCCAAGUAGCCGUGUCAGCAGACAUCAAGGAAAUGUUCCUGCAAAUUUUAAUUCGCGAGCAAGACCGCAGCGCACUGCUUUUUCCGUACAGGGACUCUCCGGAGCUUCCGAUGAGUACCAUGGUCUCCGACGUGGCAAUUUUUGGAGCGGCCUGCUCCCCAGCUCACUCACAGUUCGUCAAGAACAUGAACGCGGCCGAACAAGAAGCGGAGCUUCCACGAGGAGCAGCAGCGGUAAAGAAGCGGCACUACGUGGACGACUACGUGGAUAGUUUCGAUACGGCAGAAGAGGCAUUUGAGGUAGCGAAGGAAGUGAUCGAGGUGCAUAGAAGAGCAGGAUUCCACAUUCGUAACUGGAUGUCGAGCGACAAUAGCGUGCUGGAGCAGUUGGGAGAAGCGAAGCAGAAACCGGCAAAAUCAAUGUUGCCGGACAAGGAGACCUGUUUCGAGCGAGUACUGGGAAUGGCGUGGAUGCAAGAAGAGGACGUUUUCGCCUUUACGCUGCAGUUCUGCGAUAAGGUGCGCUACUUACUGGACGAUUCCAUCAUUCCGACAAAAAGGGAAAUGCUUCGGCUUGUCAUGAGUAUCUACGACCCUUUGGGACUAGUUGCAUCGUUCGUAAUACAAGGCAAAAUAAUCAUCCAGGAGGUGUGGCGGACAGACACGGAUUGGGACAUCAAAAUUCCGCAGGAAAUCGCUACCCGCUGGGUGGAAUGGAUAUCGAUGCUGAAGAAAAUAGAUAGCCUGCGCAUUCCUCGGUGUUAUUUUCCAGGCUACGACCCAGAGAGCUUCAAAACCCUUGAAUUGCACGUGUUUGUGGAUGCGAGCGCACAAGCUUUCGCAGCGGUUGCGUAUUUCCGUAUCGUCGACCAAGGGCAAGUCAGAGUGGCGCUUGUUUCAUCCAAAACAAAAGUCGCACCACUCCGCGAACUGUCGAUACCGAGGCUAGAAUUGCGGCGUUGCUGGGAGCUCGCUUGCGGAAGACGAUAA